CGGUGGGGCCAUGCCCAUGCCCGGCGGCGCCGGGGACCGCCUGCUGACCCUGCUGCUCCGCGGGGUACUGCUCUCUGCCGACCUCUACUUCCACCUCUGGCCCCAAGUGCAACGCCAGCUGCGGCCCCGGGAGCACCCGCGGGGCUGCCCGUUCGCACGCCCGUGCCCCUCUUCGCCAGCCCCGGAUCCAGCCGCUGCAGCCCCGCGCUCCGUUGCGCAAAACUUUUCCCGGACCCGGCCAGGAGUGGGGCAGGCUGGCGGCGGUGGCCGGGAGCCCCGGUCCAAACUGAGGGCUCUCUUCGCCACCCGCUGUACAAACGUCCCCGAGGAACCGCCGCUCGUCGGACCCGAGGACACGCUCCUGGCCAGCCAGGAGGCGCUGCGGUAUUACAGGAGGAAGGUGGCACGAUGGAACAGACGACACAAGAUCUAUAAAGAGCAGAUGAACCUCACUUCCCAGGACCCCCCACUACAGCUCCGACCCGGGGCCAGCUGGCUCCAGUUUCACCUCGGAAUCAAUCGCCAUGGACUGUAUCCUCGGUCAAGUCCCGUGGUCAGCCAGCUCCUCCACGACAUGAGGCAGUUUCCCACCAUCAGUUCUGACUACAGUCAGGACGAGAAGGCCCUGCUGGGUGCUUGUGACUGCAGCCAGAUCGUGAAGCCCAGUGGUGUCCAUUUGAAGCUGGUUCUGCGGUUCUCUGACUUUGGGAAGGCCAUGUUCAAACCAAUGAGACAGCAGCGAGAUGAGGAGACGCCUGAGGAUUUCUUCUAUUUCAUCGACUUUCAGAGACACAAUGCUGAGAUCGCAGCUUUCCACCUGGACAGGAUCCUGGAUUUCCGGCGGGUACCACCAACAGUGGGGAGACUGGUGAAUGUCACCAGAGAGAUCUUGGAGGUCACCAAGAAUGAAAUCCUGCAGAGUGUUUUCUUCGUCUCUCCAGCCAGCAAUAUCUGCUUCUUCGCCAAGUGUCCCUACAUGUGCAAGACAGAGUACGCUGUGUGUGGCAACCCACACCUACUAGAGGGUUCACUCUCCGCCUUCCUGCCAUCCCUCAACCUGGCACCCCGGCUGGCUGUGCCCAACCCCUGGAUCCGCUCCUAUUCGCUGGCAGGAAAAGAGGAGUGGGAGGUGAACCCGCAGUACUGUGACACUGUUCGGCAGGUGUACCCGUACAACAGCAGUUCCAGGCUGCUGCACAUCAUCGACAUGGCCAUCUUCGACUUCCUGAUCGGAAAUAUGGACCGCCACCACUAUGAGAUGUUCACCAAAUUUGGGGAUGAUGGGUUCCUUAUCCAUCUUGAUAAUGCCAGAGGGUUUGGACGACACUCCCAUGACGAACUCUCCAUCCUUGCACCACUCACCCAAUGCUGCAGAAUCAAGAAGAAAACGCUGCAACACCUGAAGCUGCUGGCCCAAGAGGAUUAUAAACUGAGUGACGUGAUGCGGGAGUCGCUGCUGCAGGACCCGCUCAGCCCUGUCCUCACCGAGCCCCACCUCCUGGCCCUGGACCGAAGGCUCCAGAUCAUCCUCAAGACUGUGGAGGGCUGCGUGGAAGACCACGGCGAGCAGUGGGUCCUGGCCGACGGCCCCACAGAACUGUCAACACCUGAUUUCGUCCAGGCUGACCCAACAAGCUAAAGGCAGGCUAUGGGUACAAUGGUGCCCCACCUGCUUCUGCGCAACCACAGCUCCCCAGUUAUUGCUGGACAUUCUGAGUCCUGAGCUCAGGAAGGAGGUUAAGCCUGGAACUUUCUAGAAGAGAAGCGAGACUCAAUGCCUCCUUU